GCCGCCGAAUCCCGUCCGCCGCGCGCCCGACCUUCUGCACCGGCCACCGCGCCCCCGGCCCCAGCGCGCCCCCUGCACGGCCCCGCGACCCCCGGCGCGCUCGCCCGGGCCCCCUGCCCCACGCCGUGCCGCGCCCCUCCUUUCUUGCGGGCGACACCCCCCCGCCACCUUCUCCCCCCCCCCCCGGCUCUGUCGCCCCCCUCCCCCCGGUGGCACGGGAGGGGGGCUUCUCGGAUCGGCAGGAUGUACCCCCAGGGCAGGCACCCGACCCCGCUGCAGUCCGGCCAGCCCUUCAAGUUCUCGAUCCUGGAGAUCUGCGACCGCAUCAAAGAGGAAUUCCAGUUUCUCCAGGCUCAGUACCACAGUCUCAAGCUGGAAUGUGAGAAGCUGGCCAGCGAGAAGACGGAAAUGCAGAGACAUUAUGUCAUGUACUAUGAGAUGUCCUACGGGCUCAACAUCGAAAUGCACAAGCAGGCUGAGAUCGUGAAGCGCCUCAGUGGGAUCUGUGCGCAGAUCAUUCCCUUCCUGACCCAGGAGCAUCAGCAGCAAGUGCUCCAGGCUGUGGAGCGGGCCAAGCAGGUGACUGUGGGCGAACUGAACAGCCUCAUUGGGCAGCAGCAGCUCCAGCCGCUGUCCCACCAUGCCCCCCCUGUGCCCCUCACCCCUCGCCCCGCGGGGCUGGUGGGCGGCAGUGCCACGGGGUUGCUGGCCCUGUCUGGAGCGCUGGCUGCCCAGGCUCAGCUGGCGGUGGCCACCAAGGAGGAUCGCACAGGUGUGGAGGCUGAGGGCUCCAGAGCGGAGAUAGCCCCGAGUAGGAGCGCGUCGCCUUCGCCCCCAGAAAGUCUGGUGGAAGAGGAACGACCGAGUGGCCCAGGAGGCAACGGGAAGCAGAGAGCAGAGGACAAGGAUCUUUCAGGACCUUAUUGUGUCAGGGGGCGUGGAGGCAGGGGCAUGCCCAGGAUGGGCUCUCUCCCCGUCUCCCCCCAGGACAGUGAGGAGGACAAGAGUGACUACAAUCUGGUGGUGGACGAGGACCAACCCUCAGAGCCCCCCAGCCCAGCUACCACUCCCUGUGGAAAGGGGCCCAUCUGCGUCCCUGCCCGUCGGGACCAUGUGGAUAGUCCAGCCUCCUUGGCCUCCAGCCUUGGCUCACCGCUCCCCAGAGCCAAGGAACUCAUCCUGAACGACCUUCCCACCAGCACUCCUGCCUCCAAGUCCUGCGACUCCUCCCCGCCACAGGACGCGUCCACCCCUGGGCCCAGCUCGGCCACUCACCUCUGCCAGCUCACGGCCAAGCCAGCGCCUGCCACGGAUAGUAUCGCCCUGAGGAGCCCCCUGACUCUGUCCAGUCCCUUCACCACGUCCUUCAGUCUGGGCUCCCACAGUGCCCUCAAUGGAGACCUCUCCGUGCCCAGCUCCUAUGUCAGCCUCCACCUGUCCCCCCAGGUCAGCAGCUCUAUGGUGUAUGGACGCUCGCCCAUGAUGGCAUUUGAGUCACACCCACACCUCCGAGGGUCAUCCCUCUCUUCCUCCCUGCCCAGCAUCCCUGGGGGAAAGCCGGCCUACUCCUUCCACGUGUCUGCAGACGGGCAGAUGCAGCCGGUCCCCUUUCCUUCGGACGCGCUGGUGGGCGCGGGUAUCCCACGACAUGCCCGGCAGCUGCACACGCUGGCACACGGGGAGGUGGUCUGUGCGGUCACCAUCAGUGGCUCCACACAGCACGUGUACACGGGCGGCAAAGGCUGUGUGAAGGUGUGGGACGUGGGCCAGCCCGGCGCCAAGACGCCUGUGGCCCAGCUGGACUGCCUGAACCGGGACAACUACAUUCGCUCCUGCAAGCUGCUGCCCGAUGGCCGGAGUCUGAUCGUGGGUGGCGAGGCCAGCACCUUGUCCAUUUGGGACCUGGCAGCACCCACCCCACGCAUCAAGGCCGAGCUGACCUCCUCUGCCCCUGCCUGCUACGCGCUGGCGGUCAGCCCUGACGCCAAGGUCUGCUUUUCCUGCUGUAGCGAUGGCAACAUUGUGGUCUGGGACCUGCAGAACCAGACCAUGGUCAGGCAGUUCCAGGGCCACACGGACGGUGCCAGCUGCAUCGACAUAUCCGAUUACGGCACCCGGCUCUGGACUGGGGGCCUGGACAACACUGUGCGCUGCUGGGACCUGCGGGAGGGCCGCCAGCUGCAGCAGCAUGACUUCAGUUCCCAGAUUUUCUCCCUGGGCCACUGCCCCAACCAGGACUGGCUGGCUGUGGGCAUGGAAAGCAGCAAUGUGGAGAUUUUGCACGUCCGCAAGCCGGAGAAGUACCAGCUGCACCUGCACGAGAGCUGCGUGCUGUCCCUGAAGUUUGCCUCCUGCGGGCGGUGGUUCGUGAGCACCGGGAAAGACAACCUGCUGAAUGCCUGGAGGACGCCCUACGGAGCCAGCAUUUUCCAGUCCAAGGAAUCAUCCUCGGUCCUGAGCUGUGACAUCUCCAGGAAUAACAAAUACAUUGUGACAGGCUCAGGGGACAAGAAGGCCACUGUGUACGAGGUGGUAUACUGAGACCAUCUUCCUGCAUACCCAGCCUGACUCCUGUGGGAGGGGCAUGGGGACAGACUCCACAGCCCCCUCCCCAGCCAGGCCUGUGAGCGCUGAACCCCACCUGGCUCUGGCCACCUCACACCUUCCCCUGUGGGAUUUGGGGAAAUAAACUGUAUUUACCACAA